AUGGCUUCUGAUGCCCCGGAAAAGGCCGUAGUGGUCGAUGAGAGUGCCGAUCACGCCGUUGGCAAGGAAGGCUCGCACCGAAGGCGAGUGAGCCUGGUUGCAAACGUCGAGGGCGAAAUCGAGAACCCCCUGAGGGACAUUUCUCGCGCCGAGCUUCUUGAAAAGGUCAACCGGUUCCACAAGGACAAAGAGCUGCCCGAGGACAUCCUCCCGCUCCUGAGGAAGGGCGCGCUCGUCGCGCAGAACCCUGCCGACUUUGAGGCCAUUGAAGACCUGGACGAGUCUGACAAGAUUGCUCUCCGCGAGGAGACCACCCACAGAUGGAAGCAGCCUUGGCCCUUGUACUACACCAUCAUCCUCAACUCGAUUGCGGCCGCCAUCCAGGGGUGGGAUCAGACUGGUUCCAACGGAGCCAAUUUGAGCUUUCCGCAGGCCUUGGGAAUUCCUGACAGCGCAGGUUCCUCGUGCGGUCCGGUAGCCAACGAAGGGGAAUGCGCCAAGAAUAGCUGGAUCGUUGGCUUCGUAAAUGCCAUGCCAUACAUUACAAUUUGUCUCUUUGCCGGUUGGAUCUCCGACCCCUUGAACGACUUGCUCGGCCGCCGUGGCGUCAUCUUCAUCGCCGCCAUCUUCUCCCUGCUCGCGCCUUUUGGUAUGGGCCUAUCGCAGACUUGGGGAGAGCUCGCAGUCUGCAGAAUGCUGCUCGGCAUCGGCAUGGGUCUGAAGGAGGUGACGGUGCCCGUGUUCUCCGCCGAGAACUCGCCCGCCAUCAUCCGCGGCGGUCUCGUCAUGUCGUGGCAGAUGUGGACGGCCUUUGGAAUCUUCCUCGGUACGUGCGCCAACUUGGCGGUUGGCAAAACCGGCGACAUCGCCUGGCGCCUGCAGUUUGCGUCGGCCUUUAUCCCGGCCGUUCCCCUCGUCAUUGGCGUCUUCUUCUGCCCCGAGAGUCCCCGGUGGUGUCUCAAGAAGAAGCGGUAUAACCAGGCGUGGAAGUCGCUCCUCCGGCUCCGAAACACGCCCAUGCAAGCCGCCAGAGACUUGUUCUACAUCAACUGCUUGCUGGAGCAGGAGGUUGAACUCGUCAAGGAGUCUGGUCUCAAGGUGACGAGCAACGUCUUUACCCGAUUCGUCGAGCUAUUCACCAUCCCGCGCAUCCGGCGCGCCACCUGGGCGUCUGGCAUCGUCAUGAUUGCGCAGCAAAUGUGCGGAAUAAACAUCAUUGCCUUUUACAGCAGCACCAUUUUCAAGCAAAGCGGCAUCGAUGACUACACUGCUCUCUGGGCGAGCUUCGGCUUCGGCCUCAUCAACUUCCUCUUUGCCUGGCCGGCCGUGUGGACAAUCGACACGUUUGGCCGCCGUGCGCUGUUGCUCUUUACGUUUCCCAACAUGUUUUGGGCACUUCUCGUCGCCGGUCUCUGUUACCUGAUCGACAAGGGCGUUGAAAACAGCACGGCACGAAUCGCCUCCGUCGCCACCUUUGUCUAUCUGUUUGCCGCGUUUUAUUCCCCCGGCGAGGGUCCUGUGCCCUUCAUGUACUCGGCAGAAGUGUUUCCCCUGUCCCAUCGCGAGGUCGGCAUGUCGUGGGCCGUGGCGACAAACAACUUUUGGGCUUCGGUGCUUUCGCUCACCUUCCCGCGCAUGCUGAGUGCCAUGACGCCCACGGGCGCAUUUGGGUUUUACGCGGGCCUGAACCUCGUGGCUCUUGUGUUCAUCUUCCUGUUCGUUCCCGAGACGAAGCAAAAGACUCUGGAGGAGCUCGAUUACGUCUUUGCCGUGCCUGACCGCACGCACGCCAAGUAUCAGCUCGGGACCGUGCUUCCUUGGUGGUUCAGGAGGUGGUUCCUCUGGCGCCGAAACGAGACAUGCCCGCCCCUGUACCACGAGGCCAAGCAGCGGACUACGGAAAAGGCCUGA